UUCAAGAUCAGUGAAAAACGCGGGAACAACACCCCUACCCUCACAAGACCAACAACACAACACCAGCACAACUCGUGCCUCUAGUCCCUGUGUAUCUUUAUUACCCACAUUUAGCCAUCAAGAUGUCAUUUAGAGAGAGUGAAGCCAGCGUGAGAGUGAACGGCGCCCUGCUGCCCAUGUACACCGGCCAGAAGGUGGUGCUGGUGGGCACGGUGGAGCAGAUUGACCCCUCUGGCUCCUCGCUGAUGGUGAAGGCUAGUGACGGCAAAAUGGUGAUGGUGUCCCUGCCCAACCCCCUCCAGGAGAACUUGGAGGGUGUGAUUGAGGUCCAUGGCGUUGGUCAGGGGCAGAAAGUAAUGUGCCAGAGUUAUGUAACCUUCCCCCAGAUGGAGCCCAGUGCAUUUGAUGCACAGCUGUAUGAUGAAGCUAUCCGGCUCGUUCAGUCUGUGGAUGGCAACCCGUGGAAGAGCGUGUAGCAAUAAGGAUGAGUCUGCCAUGUGUGUGUGUGUGAGGUAGUCAUAAGCUGCAUAUAUUUUAACCUUUUCCCAUAGUUUUCUUUUAUAUAAGGGGAAAACUGACCAAGGGGAAUAGGGAGUUAAAAAAGGCCCACUUAAUUGUCAGUUCCCAUGCUGGUACAAGAAUAAAUGGUUGUAUUGAGUGACUUAAGUGUAUGUUUGUGGAGAGAUGGGCAGGCAGGACACAGAUUGAUAAAAGUACAACUGUUUUUUUAUCUAUUGUUUUUUUUACAAGCUUCAUGUGUUGUCAGAAUGUUGAGUUUUGAUGAAGAAAUGAAUGAGAUGAUAAGAAAAAGAUGAUUGUUCAGAUUGGGUGAUUUUUAUUGUGGCAGUUAUUAUGAUGAUUGUAUUUUUACCUUUUUUUCUUAGGUUUUUUUUUUUUUUUUUAUUUUUAUGUUUAAGAGGGGAGAAAUCUGGCUAAGGGCAACAAAAACUAUUAAACAACAAGGCCCACUUAGAUGCCAGUUCCCGAGCAGGCUUAGCGGAGGAAAGGAAAGUUAUGUGUAUGUUAUCAGCAUUUUAUAGUUUCAAUUUUGUUGAUGAAAUGUCAUAAUUUUUUUUUUUUUCAGCCACGAUAUGAUGAAAAAAGUUUGGAGUGGUGGUUAUUUGACUAGUUUUUUUUUAUUUGUCUUAUUUUCAAGUCUAGCAAGUUUGUUUAUUUAUUUUUUAGUUUUGUUUUUAAAAGUAUCAGUGUUAUUUCAGCCACAGUGUAAGGAAAGAGUUAGUUUAUCUGUGUGUCAGGUUUAGUAAGUUUAUUUUUUAUUUUUCAGUUUUGUCUUUAAAAGUAUUCAUGUUAUUUCAGCCACAGUGUAAGGAAAGACUAAGUUUAUUUGUGUUUCAAGUUUAGCAAGUUUAUUUAUUUAUUUUUCAGUUUUGUUUUUAAAUGUAUCAAUGUUAUUUCAGCCACAGUGUAAGGAAAGUAAGUUUAUUUGUGUGUCAGGUUUAGCAAGUUUAUUUUAUUUUAAUUUUUCUGUUUUGCUUUUUAAAUGUAUCAGUUGUUCAAGCCACAAUAUAAGGAAAAGUCUGUUUGUUUGAUUUAUGUGAUUUCGUCUAGCAAGUUAUUAAUUUUUUCAGUUUUGCUUUUGAAUGUAUCCAUGUUUAUUUCAGCCACGAUGUACGAAAAUAAGUCUUUAUUUGUCUUUCAUGAUUUCAAGUUUAGCUAGUUAUUAUUAUUAUUAUUUAUUUUAUUUUUUAUUUUUUAUUUUUGUUUUGGAAUGUAUCAGUGUAAUUUCAAGCACAAUGUGAGGAAAGAAUUAUUGCAGUGGUUGUUACUUCAGUACUGUCUAUGAUUUAAAGUCUCUCCAUCUUUUAUUGUCAAGUAUAGCAAGGUUAAUUCACCGACAGUUUCAGGAAGCGUUCCUAAAGCUAAUUGUUUUUCACUUGUGUUUAUGGUUUAAGAUUGUCAUUCACCCUCUGAACGAAGUGAAGUACUGACACAUUCA